AUGCCGACGCUCCUUUCCGCCGGGCAGCUUCCGCCCAACCGACACGACGAUCUCGAAAACUACGACGUAGACGACCCCUUUGCGACGCCCAGCCCCCCGUCGUCCCCGAAGAAGCGCAAGGAGCCGUCGUCCCAAGGCCUCGGCAUCGACCACGAGGUUUCCGUGCAGAAGCGCGCGAGGCCGCCCAACGUCAAGCUCGACGAGGACAGGCUGCUCGGGCCGGCCGGCCUCCCCCGGCUGCGCCAGCGGGCGCGCGACCUCAAGAUCAAGGGCAAGGGGCACGAGUUCGCCGACGCCGCGCGCCUGCUCGCCCUGUACCAGAUGUGGCUGGACGACCUGUUCCCCAAGGCCAGGUUCCUCGACGCGCUGGCCAUGGUGGAAAAGGCCGGGCACAAGAAGCGCGUGCUGGCGGCGCGGAACGAGAUGCUGAGGCGGGGGAGCGCGGCUGGCCGGCCGGAGGAGGAGCAGCAGCAGCAGCAGCAGCAGGAGGAGGAGGAGGAGGAACCCGGCCGGGCGGCGCGGCCGGGCGAGGGACAUGGCACGCCGGCGGGGAGCGACGGCGCCCCAGACGAGGAGGACCUGUACGGGGCGACGCCGAGGAAGGCCCCCCGGGUGGCGGCCGCGCCGGACGACGAUGCGGACGACUUGGAUGCGUUGAUGGCGGAGGCGGAGGCGGAGGCGGAGGCGGAGGGGCGGGCCGGCGCGCGCGCGGACGACCAUGAUCUGGACGCGCUGAUUGCAGAAGCGGAAGCUCGGGACGGGGGGCCCGGGGCCCCGGAGCCAGGCAGCUUCGCGGACGACGAGGCGGCGAUGCUGGAAACAGAGGGCCUGUAA